AUGAGGACUAUCACCGGGUUCAGAUCAGCAAGCUAUGGAGCAGUUGAGGGCAACGUUGAUGGAGCCAAUGAACUCGACCUGUUUUUCAACACAUUUGACACUGUGUCCCCUGCACCUCCUGCUCACACUCCCACUGCUGCUGUCCAUCGUACCAUCCUGUAUGCUGUGGUGUGCUGGGGUGGGGGCAGCAGGCUGAAGGCGGAGGACACCAACAGACUGAACAAAAUGAUCCGGAAGGCCAGUGACAUUGUUGGAGUGAAGCUGGACUCUCCAACAGUGGCGUCAGAAGGAAGGAUCCUGUCCAAAAUGCAGGCCAUCUUGGACAACGAGUGUCAUCCACUCCAUGACGUGCUGGCCAGAUACAGGAGCACCUUCAGCCAGAGACUCAUUUUGCCAAACUUCUUCCUGCUGUUCGCUCAGAACCAGCAGCACCCGGAGGAGAAAGGCUGCCGGACUCCAGAACCAGCAGCACCCGGAGGAGAAAGGCUGCCGGACUCCAGGCAUCGCUCCAAUCAUUUUAAGGAUGUUUAUUGGUCCCCCAAAAACAAUGAAAACCUGGGCAUUAUCACCACUCAGUACUCGAAUCACUCAAGGAAUCGUUUCAGCCCUAGUGUAAACCUCAAUGUGUGUGUGCUGCAGUUCCUGAAAGGCUUUUGUCCUGGAUGUUCUAAAGGUUUCAGUCCGCGUGGAGACAGAGGAGGACGAGGCGGAGGUCGUGGAGGGUUCAGAGGUGGCUUCGGUGACCAGGGGAGCCGAGGAGGAAGAGGUGGAGGCUUUAGGUCCCCAGACGGUGGAGGAUUUCGAGGCAGAGGUGGCGGGAGAGGCACCCCAAGAGGAAGAGGAGGCAGAGGAGGAAGGGGCGGUGGCAGAGGAGGUUUAGGAGGAGGGAAAAGAGUUCUGAUCGAGCCUCACAGACAUGAAGGAGUGUUUAUCUGCAGAGGGAAGGAGGACGCCUUGGUCACCAAGAACUUGGUGGUGGGAGAAUCUGUGUACGGAGAGAAGAGAAUGAGUGUGGAGGAUGGAGAGACCAAGAUUGAGUACAGAGCCUGGAAUCCUUUCCGCUCAAAGCUGGCAGCAGCUAUACUAGGAGGAAUUGACAAGAUCCACAUCAAACCUGGAGCUAAGGUCAUGUACCUGGGGGCCGCCUCUGGGACCACCGUGUCCCACGUCUCAGACAUUGUUGGACCGGUGAGUAUGGCUCUCCAGUUUUAUUUCUCCUUUCAAGCAUCAUCUGAGGGCAGAUGAUGUGCAUUUGGUUAGGACCCUUUAAUGCUCUUAACAUGCUGGGCUUUAACAUGCCUCAUAUGGCUCCAUGGUGAUUUCUUGUUUUUUUCAAGAGCUGCUUCUCUGUUUGCCUGAUGGGUUCAACCAUAAGCCAGGACACAUACAGGACAAAUCUGUCUCUGUCUGAAGACACUUUCUGGACUACACUAAGGCUUCUUGUUUCUGACUUGGGAUUUAAGCAGAGUGAUGCGGCCUUGGGAACGUUUUAAGUUUACCCUUAAAUAGACUUCCUCUUAGUUGCCAGCUAGAUGUUCUGUUCCAGUAUUCCACCUUUCAUGAAGCUGAUUUUGAUUUGUUGCUUCUUGCAUAGCUCUAAAUUGCUGUUCCUGAUUUUUAAUAACAAUUUUAUUUUCUAUCAGAAAAUGUUGUUUGAUUGGCUAUUAAAGCCAGUCACCCAUAGAUUGAUUAGUGCAUCUCUAGUUUUCAUCAAGUACUUCAUUUAGCUGUGUUAAGGGUUUAAAUCUUCCCCAAUUGCUCCGGUCUGCCCAUUGUCUAUGUAAUGUGGCUGUUCCACGUUAUGAAGCUUAUAGAAAAUUGCCUGCACUGUAAACAACCAUUCUCUACUGUAGAGAGAGAAAUGCUGAGCCAAACGAGGCGGCGAAUAGUAGUGAUGGGCAGAUGAGGCCUCAUUGGGUGUGUGGCACAUUUUCCAAACUGUGCUAAGACUGUGUUGCUUUGUCACUUACAGUGACAUCUGCUGGAUUUAGAAAGUUAUUGCAGGCAAAUUCAGUAAAGACGGGAGUGUUAACCCGUUCCUCCUCCUCUUGCCGGGCACAAUGAUGCCUCAGCAUUAUGGAAGUGCUCCAGUUACAGUAAGACAAAACUUGGGAGCAAAUCCUACAUUUUUCACCUUCAAUGUAAAUAAAAGUUAAUCCAUGUAAACUAACUCAGCUAUCCCUUGGAAAGGAAUUUGAAUAAUCCGAAAGAGAAAUGAUCAAAAGUGGAAAUGAGGACGUAAUAAUUACUUUCUGUGAUAAGAUCAAAAUGAUCAAACUUGGGAGAAAACUUCCUCUUCCUCUGUUGAUUCAUGCCAGUAUUCAAAUACGAGCCAAAAACCAACGCAAAGCAAAGAACACAAAGUAUCUCCAUUCAACAAAACCCACAAACAUGUAAACAGUUUCUUUCUCAUCAACACAAUUUGGUUGCGGUCACAUCCAAACAACACCGGAGCUGGAUCGGUCACGUGGUUUUCCUUUAAGUGAUACACGCACCGACAUGGGGUUUCAUCUUGUUUGCUCGGCGCAUGUGCCAAGGUUUCUGUGUCGUCUGGCCAAUCGCUAGCGGAUAGUGUUAAUUUAACCCUCUUACAACCAACCUGUCAGCGCCGACAGGAUUCGGCUUGUGUACUUCCCAUUACCGUAAUUUCUGAACAGUUCAACAUAUCAAAAAAUUCUAAAAGUGCAGAAAAGCUGAGACAUUGCGCUUUCAGGGCAUAUAUGAUACAUUACGGUAGCCACCCGGGAAAGUUUGAUAUGAGCUUGACCAAUCACAAGAAAGAUUCUCCGUUGUGUCAUAUUUGUCACCCAACCUACUCUGUAUCGUAACUCCUGAACAGUUGGUCGCAUUCAAAAAAUUCAAAAAGUAUUAGUGCAUAAAAUAAGCUUUCCAACGAUGUAUCACAUGUGCAUGUUGCAGCAGAUAUUAGAGUAAAUAUUUUCGUUACGGAAUUUCCCUGCGGAGCUCCGUGUUGUAUCAACGGAGUAGCGGUGCGAGAGAGAGAGAGAAAACGGCAGAG